AUGUUGGGGGGCUAUUUGAGCUGGAUUUCCCUUCUUUUUGAGCCGCUUGCAGACUGGUAUAUCAAGCCCAUCCAGCCUCAAGCGCGAUUGCGACCAGAAAACCAGCCUUGGGACUCCAUAAUCACCGGGGUUUACGGCCACCCACCGUUGCUCAAGAUCCACGAUCGCAAAGGGACGGUAAAAUGGAAAUUUGAGCGAAGCGAUGUGCAACAAGAAUUGCCGGCGCGUAUUCGAGGCUGUCUCUAUAGCUCCGCCAACGAUGCUACAGACCUUAAAUGGAUGAAUGGACAGCGUGUUGCUGCUAUAUACAGUGAUCUUGCGUUGAUAAUAAAUCACACACCGGAUGAUCCGAUGAUGGACAAAAAAAUCACCUUCGCAGUGUGUACAGACGAUGAAUUUCUCUGGAAUGCUCAUAGUGUCGAACCUUUGCCCGGAGAUCGCAUAGCGGUAUCAACCACCGGCCAGCGACCGUGGGACGGCAUCUUGGUUUAUAACUCCAGCAUGGAGAACCCACUGGUGGAUGAGCCCAUUAUACUGCAGAACGUCACAGGUCUCCGAGCCAUUCACGGCAUGAUAUGGGAUGAGCAGGCCCAGAUGCUGUGGGCGACUGGCACAGACGCAGCUGCUGAUGGUUCCGAUCCUAUUCCUGCCUACGGAGUCAUUCAGGGCUACCCUUUCGAUGCAGAGACAGGGGAACUUCGCAAGGAUGACAAAUUUAUUUACCGUCUCCCAAACGCUCACCACAUUGAUUCGGAAUGGGGUCCAGGGUACUCAUGGUGGGCUGGUCCCCACGAUCUUGUGCCAGUUCCAAACCAUCGCAAGUUUCUGAUCUCGGAAGAUAGUGGCCUCCACGCAUUCGAUAUCGAAAAAGGAGAGUUCACGGCCGAAUACGAGGAGAUCAUAGACAAGUAUAUGAGAGGUUUUGAGGUCACGACGGGAGAUCGCCACGGUAUCAACCGUGACGGUGUAUACGAGGAACUGCCGGAGUCGGACCUGAAAAGCUUCAGUCUUGCGCCCGAUGGAUCUUUCAUUUAUGUACAGUCUUUAUGGCGCAAAUUUCGUGGCUUCCAUACCAGUCUGGUAGACCGAUUUGGGAAGCGACAUCGAAUAAAUAUUGGAGAUGAAAUCUACCGAUCACGAUUCUUUGGAGAUAUCGACGGUUGGCCCAAACCAAAAUCAUAA